AUGCUGUGCUUCGAUAGAUUGCCAUUCUUCUUUAGCGGCUCUGGGUUGGUGAAAGAGAUCUGCUGGUCAAUCUUGAAGGGGUUGCUUGUUUUAUGUUAUGCGUUAUCCACCACUGAUGCUGACUUACUGAAUAAACCAUUGGAAGCACAGGUUCUGUCUCCAGCCACAGUGCCUUUUACAGCUCUUGCUAUGCAUGAGCUGCCCCAACCUGCAGACCAUAAAGCUCGCCAGAAUCUUCUCGCUCCUCACGGUGCACCUUGCUCUGUAGCAGCAACAGCACAGCCUUCUAAUUAUGGUCCUUUUAUAACAUCUUCCCCCCCUUCUAUGAAGGGAUGUCUAUCCACAAUUGCUUAUUGUUUGUUUUUCCUUUUGAUGCAGGUAACCCUUGUCAGGCCUUGCAACUGGAGGAGAAAGAGGAUCCACCUUCAUAACUUCAUGCUGGAUGUCCACAACCGUUUGCAAAUAUCAACUAAAAGGCAGGAUUAUUUAGUGGACACGAUAUCCCUUCAUGAUGUGAUGGGAAUUCUUAGGCCAGUAUUUGCUCAUCCUGGAAUUUGCAAGGCUGAAGUGAACGUGAAGAUAAAAGCAUUCUGA